UUAAUUGGUAAAAACAAGGAGGGGCUUGAAGAUGGACCCCAACCUCUAUUAGUGAAAGAUCAGACAACUAUCAACAGGCUGGAAAAACAAGCUGAGGAGUUUCUCAAUGCAGUCCUUUACAGAAAAGACGUGCCAAAUUUCUCAGACCCGCACAUUCCAGUAGUUGCUCGAGAGAUUCUUCAAAAAAUGAUCCGAAAGUUUGCCGCCGAAUAUACCUCAAAAACCAGCUCUCCUCAGGACAGUUGUUCAGAAUCUCAGCCUCACACUGACCAAAGCCUCCCUGCCCCACCCUUACUCACUGGGGCUCCUGCUACAGGCAGCCCUGCUCCUGCUCUAACUGGGUCAGCACAGAACCAAAACCCUGUUCUCAGCAAGCUCCUCAUGGCUGACCAAGAUGUUCCUCUUGACCUCACCAUCAAGAAGCCUCCACCUGAGCCAUGUGAUCAAGAUGGAGUUCUUGAUUUGUCAAUCAAAAAAAAUCGCUAUAGCAGCAACGUGUCAGUCUAUAGUCCCUGCGUUUCUCCACUGACAUCUACGAUCAAAGGGCCUUCCUUGAGAACGGACGGGCAGGUCGGGCUGUUUAUGAAGAGCCUACAGGAUGGGAUGAGGAGGGAGAAUAUCGGCCACUCCAACCAUUAUAAACCUACCUCGUCUUUCGCAUACUCUCUGCACGUCAAAGAGGAAGUUGAUGCUGAAAGCAUCAUCAAGACACCUCUCGGGGAAAACCAGGGCUCUGCACCCAACGGUCCCUUAAGAAAUGGAAUUUCUCCCUGCAACUUCAAGGCUUCUGAGAAUCUGAAAGAAAUUUCCAAAUUGUUAGAAGCUGGGUUUUUAAUUCAUUCACUUAAUUCUGAGAAAGGAAAUUUCCAGGGGCCCUGUGUGGAGCAAACACUAUCCCUUUCUCAUUCAUCACGGUUUGACCUAAAGAUUCCUCAGGUGCGAGUUGUGCCCUCAGGGAUGGACACGUCCUGGGAUUCCUUGUCCCCCGGAAAUUCAGGUUCUUCUCAUGAAAAUGCUCAGGGGAAGAAACCGUUUCCUAUUUUACCCCAGGAGAUCCACAAAAAGAGUAGCAGAGGUCCCAAUAGCUCAGGUUUAGGGAGUAAGUACUGGCCUUGCAUCACCAACCACCAAGCACUGGUGGAAAAUUAUUCUCUGGACACCAAUGGAAUCCCAAGUAACCCACUGAAUGGAAGGAAGGAUGAUGGAAAAAGGAAGAAACGAGGGCGAUAUCGUCAGUACAACACGGAGCUGCUGGAAGAGGCUAUAGUGCUGGUAAUGGGCGGCAAAAUGAGCGUCUCCAAAGCCCAAUCCAUUUAUGGAAUUCCGCACAGCACCUUGGAAUACAAAGUCAAAGAGCGACUGGGGACUUUAAAAAAUCCCCCCAAAAAGAAACUAAAGCUGAGCAGUCAGACAGAGGACAAAGGAUGUGUACAGUACCACGAUGGUACCACCCAGCAGGCAUGUCAGAUAUGGAAAAGUACACUUGUAGUAAACGGAAGUGACGGACACGAUGGAAGCCUUUCAUCAAAUGACUAGCUCUACUAGUAAAGCUGGAACUAAAAUGUCUCCAGACAGUGGUUGAUGACUUGUGUAAAUUAUGUACCAAAUUAUUAAUUUAUCGACAUGUGAUUAUUUUUACCAUUAACGUUUGAUCUUUAAUAUAUCAAUAUAUUUGUUUAUGGACUUAUAUUUUAUUUUCCAUGUAUCUAUUAUGUUUUGUCCUAAGAAUACAUACCCACUGUAAAGAUUUUAAUGUACUACAGUCAAAUAAUAUCAGGUUAUUGAAUAUUUUUUAGUAAUAAUUAGUAUGGCUUUACAUACAUACACAAACUCAGGCAUAUUUAUGGGUGUGGCGCCCCUCAGUGUCUUCUCUCAGUACUGUAUAAAGCAAAUGGUAUGGUGAUACAAAUUGACAAACCGCUACAGUGGUGUGCAUGAGUCACAACAAACUAAGUGGUCACAUUGUCUUCUUGUUACAGGGCCAGUCCUUUAGCAAACAGUUUGCUCUGUGUGACCACAGAUUGUUUUUCUUUUUGUCGAGAUUUCUUUUCAGACAUCAAUGACUUCUUAAUGUGAGUCAGGCCAUUUUCUAAUAACUAAGGAUUUUUAAGUAUGGACAACAAAGAUGAAAUGUUGCUCCGUAAUGGUUUAAGGCUGCAUUUUAGCCGUUAGGUUUGGACAUUUUUGGACAUACGCACACCACAUUAUUUGUCAAUUCCUAGAGAAUAUUUUUCUCUAGCAUGGUCUGUUUGCUAAACUAUAUGAAUGAUUUUUUAUUAUUAUUAUUAUUUGCUGCAUUGCUCUCAGGAUAUACCAGAAGUUUCCACUAGGACGCAAUAGAUUUAAGUCAGAACAAAUAUUUAAAUACACCAUAACUGAACUCAUUGUAAACCUUAUUACUAAAUACCUCAGCUACUUGCUAUAACUAUGUCAUUGCCUCAUUAUUUACCUCUGCUGGGGAAUGAAAGGACCCAAAACGAGUCUAUCAGGUAACAUUUCAGGAAGUCUUUCUGACAACACUAUGUAUCUAACUCUCAGAUGUCUUCACACGCUACCUUAACUAGAUCUGUAGCAUUUUACUAUCACUGCAGGUGUGCAGAACUUUGUGUUCUGUGGUUCAGGGCUCAGCUCUUCAGAUUUUAUCUUUUGCAUUUUUUUUCUCCAGCAUAAACAAAAGGCAGAUAUUUAUUUUAAUAUGAAAGCUAUACAUAUGUAGAAUUUAUCUCACAACUCCGCGCACACACACUCCUCACUAAAGGUAUUAGCGGUCAUAUUUGUAUCUAUUUUAAUGACAUUGUUAUUAAUAGUAAAAUGUAAUGCACUUGCUGACUCUUACUAUAAAAGCAUUAAGGUACUUUAUUUAUUUAUUAACUGUUCCUUUUUCAGGUUAAAAAGGGCAAACAUGUCAGCUUUCUAGCAAAGCCACUGUUUGCUGAACUGACAACUCACUUAACAGUCAGGUAUUUUUAAUUGUAGAAAUGCAUUUCAAAAGAUCGUCUCAGAUCUGUUGGGUGUAAAUAUGAGAUUUAGCUCAAAAUGAUAUGGAAAAUAUUGAUUUAAAUUGCCUGCACUACCUAAUUUAUUUUACAUGCAAAUAUGUUGACAGUACAUUGUGAUUUACCACUUAAAUAAAUAACAAUUGUGCAGUUUGCAGUUUGAUGCUACUUGCACAAUGUUUAUUUAACUUAUUAAGCAGUUUAUUGAGAAAAGUCAAAUUUUACAAGAAUCUGUGCAUUUACACUUGUCCCAAUCGCACUCUAAAGUUUUAACUUGUGUUUAUUUGUGUUUGUGUUGUCUGACUUACUGUUGUGUCACUUUUUGCACUAAAUGUUUUCCUACAUUUUAUUAGUUUAAUUAUACAAUUUUAAAUUUCACUUUCUUUUACUUAUUCCCCGUCAUUCAUUAAUUGCAUUGACAAUCAGCCUUUUCAGUUCAACUGUCACUUUGUUUUCUAUUCAUUAUACUGAAAACACUGUACACAAAACAGAGAUCUUUGUAUUUGACAGAUUCAGCACAUUUUGUUCUCUACGUUUUAUCGUAGUACAUAAACGGUCGACUACCUCAUGUGGUAAAAACAUUAUUAAAGUCUACUGUUGUUAUAGCUGUCUCAUGUAGCAGGCAUGUCAGGUACAGGGCACAAAACCUACUGAAGAAAAUGUGAACCUAAUGUACAGUUGUUCAUAAUUGUACUCUGGUCUGUUUAUUUUAUCAUUUUUUCCUACUUUUGUCUUUCUGUCUCGGUGUUGGUGCUACUUAGACGUAUUUAAAUAAGAGCACAUUUGACAAAGGGGAUUUUUAUCUGCCAGAAAAAAAAAAAGUAGAAUUUAUGUUUUGAUUAUAUAGACAUCAAAUUAUCCAUGAAUGACAAAAACUAUGAAAAUACAAAAAUGAUCUUAAUAAGUUGUUAGAGGUCAGAUAACUAUAUUAUCCAUAAAAGAUGCAGAAUAUUUAUCUGUCAUUAAUGACGGAUAUAAAAUUUAAGGUUGUAAAUAUUUUCCUUGAUGACUAAACAAGCAAGACAUAGAUGAUUUGAGAGAGGAUUUAAACCACUUAGGUUUCAUUGUCUAAAAUAUGUACAGAUUUUUACAAUGUAUUUAUUUAAAAAACAAAAAAUUGCAUGAAUCAACUAAAUUCUACAUUCUGUGUAAAGUUUAUUGUAAUGUAUUUCUUGGAUAUUGUUUUGUUGAAAUUACUGCUGUGUUUUCACAUCAACUGUUAAUGAUGUAGGUUUACUGGAGAAAAACAAAGAAUAAUGAAAUACUGAGUACUAUUUAAUUUUAUGUUUCUAACUUGUUGUAGUUUGAAUGUUAUGGAAUUGUAAAAUAUUGUGAAACCAAGUUCUAAUAGUUCUUCUGCCAAUGAAUGUUGUAUUUACCUGUAUAAGGUAAAAAUAACAGGUUUUGGGAAAAACGCCCCCCCCCCCCCCGCCCCCUUUCCAAUUUCACAAAUCCACUAAUUCUCAGGAAUCAGUAUCACAACUUAUUCAGGUACUUUGUUUACUGUUUAGAUCCCAAGCACAGUUAUGCUCAGAUAUUGUGGCAUGUUGUAGUCACA